UUUCUAGUAAAAUCGCUUGCAGAGCUUAUUACACUGUCAAUACAACGCUUAUGGAAGACCUAACGGGACUAUUUUGUAAACAAUAAACAAUACGUCCAUAAGCGUUAACAUUGGCAAACCAAACUCACUAAUUUCUUCUAUUUUUCCUAUUAUCGUUGAAUAAUGUUCUAAUUUUACUCAUUUAAAUUUCGUGUCUCUCAAUUAGAUUCAAAUGAAAUCAAAGCAUGCGAUUAUGUGUGAAGUUGGUUGUCAUUAGUUUUGCGGGUCUAUCAAAUAUGACUCAAAGUGUCAUUAAAUUUUGACUGCUGCCUUGAGCUGAUCGUAUAUUGGUUGUCUUAGGUCUCGAUAACGUUUUCUUUAUUCCAUCCAAUACAUUGCAGUAAAAUUCACAGUUGGGAAAAAUGUUGCCAACGAAUAGAAAGAUUUCCGUAUUGAAAAAGCAGCACAUGGAAUCCGAGUUGAUUCAACAGCAUUUGAAUAAAGUGACAAAAUCCAAUUGCUGCCUGAUUUGCGAAGUAAGUUUUCCCGACAACUUAGCUGUUCACAAUCAUUUUUUGAAUGUUCAUCAAAAAGGUGUUUUCUUGUGCAACGUUGCUCAAUGUAAUUAUGUGGCGAACACAAAUGGAGAUCUGCGAAUGCACUGCUUGGUUUGGCAUUACGAUCAUUUCCCGUCGGGCAUAACAUUGCCGCAAAAUUCCAUGGUGAUGACGUCAACGCUGAAUACUGUUGUGAUGACAUCAGUUCAAAUGCCAGUGAUGACAUCAGCACCAAAGACAUUGCCGUCAGAUGCAAAGACAACGUCAGAUGCAAAAACAAGUGUGACUUUAGAUCCAAUGGCGAUAAUUACCUCAAUUCCAAAGACGUCACCCGUAAUGCCAACGAGCAUACAACCUCCGAAAGAGAAAAAACAAAAACUUGAUAUAACAAUCGGUCAAUCAAUGUUUGCACCGAUUAUCAACAAUUUAAAGUGCUCAACGUGUGCUCAUCCUUUUCUCACCCAACUCGGCAUCAAUAUGCAUCAAAGAUAUCAUCGAUUCAAUUUAUUUUUACCCAAACUCAAAAAGAUGAGUGACAUAGAAACGUUAGACGAAUUGAAGCAAAUUUUGGAGAUUAGCGACGAAAUUGGUGAUGAAAAAGGCAUUGCAGGAAGCAAACUGCCACUUCAACGCAUCACAAACAAAGAGAAUACGCCCGUUAGAAACACAAUCAUUGAGGCAAAACGGCUGGAACGACUACAACAGCAACAACAACAACAACAAGUAGAACAGUCGCAGAAGCAGCAACAGAAAGUACAACAGCCCCAGCGAACGGAUCAAUGGGCAGAGAUGCUCAAAUUGACUAAGGUGAACAUAACCAAAAAUUUACAACAGUUCCAAACACUUGCUGGCGUUCAAAAAAUUAUCGACAUGGUUGACAACGCAAUGCCAAUACAGCAAAUAAUGACGAAUGUGCGAGAUACAAGGAAGCGCCCAUUAUCACCAGCUGGCUCAGUCGUGUCAAUAUCAUCCGAUGAAAGUGCCAUAAUGGAGAACAACGAGAUGGAUUAUUCGUACGACGAGGUCGAUAUUGAUAUUGAAUUUUGAUCAUUUUUAGUAAAAUGUACAUUGUACAAUGUACAUGUAGGGAAAGAAAGUGUAAAAAUUGCAAAGACAUGUAGAUUUUUUUUUUCUAAGGAUUUGUUAUUGAAUCAAAUAGUUGACAGAAGAGUCAAAGCAAUCAUUGGGACUGAAUGUUGUAUUUACGUUUUAUGAAAAUUUUGUUUUGGAAGAAAUUGCGUUGAAUUUUCAUCAUGAGAUGAAUACAUUUUUAUAAAAUAUCAAACUGAAAUGAUGAUAAUGUUAAGGACUUGGCUUAUUUUGCCUCAAUACCUCAUAAUCGGGAAAAUUUGUUUGUGAAGAAUUUUGAAAGUAUUUAUCAUCUAAUAAAAAUAUUUACUUUAUCAAGAAAAAGAAA